AUGGGACUCCUCGACUACUUCCAUCUGCCUCCGGACCCCAUCGUCUCAUUUCGACUUGACUCUCACAGGCCCUUCGGACCAGGAAGCCCUGUCUCUGGUCUCCUCGUACUGGAAGUCCCGCCAGACCCCAAGGCAAAGACGCAACCACCACCACCAAGACAAAUCAACACCGCAGAGAUCACCUUCUACGGCCGAGCAGCUACUGCUACCACCCGCUCGGAGUCCACCGGCAACAAUCAAACGAGGACCAUCUACUACAAAGACGAAGUCUCCUUGUUCCAGCAGCCUCGGCUGCUAGCCCAGGGCGUUUCUGUCGACGAGAGUAGUCCGUUCACCUCGAGAUUCGAGUUCGUGUUUCCUUACGGAGCGGAUGCCCUGCCUUUCCCAUCCCCGUAUAAGGAGGGAAGGCGGAUCCACGGCAUAUACGAUGCGGCGUUCGACCAAAGGCCAUUACCCCCGAGCUUCGAGCUAGGAGGUGGCAAUAACUACGCGAUCGUGGAGUACAACAUGAAGGUAGUGUGCCAGUUCGAAGGAGACAAGGUUCCCCUCGAAGUCCUUCUUCCGGCGCCACUGGAGUUUGCACCACCCUCGUCAGUUCCACUCCAUCUCAGCCAGCGGCCCCAACUUAAAGAGUUCGUGCAGGAAGCAGAGCACUACUCCAGCAGCCGAUUGACCGGUGCCGAGAAGAGCUUCAAGCACAGCUUCCGGGACAAGUUCAGCUCGAGCACGCCGUCUGUGGAUGUCGUGCUGAAGGUCACAAUGCCGAGCAGUCUGCAGCCUGGAGCUUCCUUCCCCAUUUACGCCUGCAUGGAAGUCAGCAAACCAUCCACGCCGGAGAUCAAUCUGCCGGUAGCCGACAUCAGGAUCAAGAAGCUGGAGUGGCAUCGCCUAGUCUACUAUCGUGCUCCGCUUGAUCACCCUCACUCCCACGUCAAGGAGCACGAGCAGUCCCGGACCGACGAGACGAAGCUCAACACGCUUCCUGAAAGCCAGUGGAUCGAGCCACGUGAAACCAUCCCAGGCCAGGAUAAGAAAGAGAGAUCCUGGUACUACCCUGCUACGUUCGAAGCGAGAGUCCCUGGGGAUGCGUGCAUGAGUUUCCACACGAGGAAUAUUGAUUGCGGGUAUGGGUUGGAGGUGAAGCUGGAGACUGAACUGUGUGGGAAGGAGUUUGAGUACAAGGUUGUGACGGAUGUGCUGGUUGUUCCAGGCGGUGGCGCCGGCGGUGGUAUGGUCUGA